AUGAUAAAUAAUAAUGAAAUUCUAGAAAUUGAAAAAAUAAGAAAUAAAAUAUUAAAAAAAAAAGGAAAAUAUGAUUAUUCUUUUAUAAUACAUUUCAUUUUACUAUGUAUCCAUUUAUUUUUAUAUAUAAAGAUAAUAAGUAUUUAUUAUGGUUAUAAUAACGAUUAUUCUAUUAGUUGUUUUAAUCAAACAUUUUCUUAUUUUUUACAACGGAAUUAUAUAAGUACUACUGAAAUAGAAACAAUUCAUAAUAAUUUAUCAAAUAUAAAUAACAUAUGUAAUUAUGAAAAAAAAAAUUAUUUGAAAUAUAAUGGGGAUCAAUUCAAAUUUGUAUUAUCGUUUUAUAAUAAAAAUGUUAACACUUAUAUAGAUUAUGUAAUAAUAUUUAAUAAAUUAUUUAAUUCUAAUAUUUUAAAAGAACAAACAAGAAUAAGUAUUACCCAUUACUAUAUCUGGAAUGAAUGGAUUUUUUAUGUUUUAUUUAAUUUAUUUACAUUUAUAAUCAUAUUUAAAGAAUGGAGAAAAGAAGAGAGAAAAAAUAAUCUAUUUCAUGCAUGUAUAGUGACUGUUAUUAACUUAAAUAUUCUAUAUGAACAAUUAAUCAAUUCAAUUAUAAAUGAUUCUGUUCAUGAGAAAAUUUUAGAGUUGUUAAUGUAUAUUUACUUUCUAUAUAUAGUUGUAAAUAUAUUUGAAAGCUCAUCAAAAUUUUGUAAAAUAUUCACUUUUCCAACCAAAAUAGUUAUACAAACGAUAAAAUAUAAUUAUAUACUUUUAGUAUUUCUAUGUAGUUUUUUAAUUUUAAUAUUUAUAAAUUACUUUUCAAGUGAUGAAAAAUUUUAUAACUAUUUUAAUUCAAUAUAUACUUUUUCAGAUAAUUCAAAAUAUAAAAAUGAAUUUAUUUAUAAUUUCUUUUUUAUAUUAAUAUAUAAUUUCUUUUUUAUACCAAUGAUUAUCAUUAUAUCUACAGCUACUACAUUUCUAAUGAUACAUAAGCAUCAUAAUAUUUUCAAUUUCAAAAUGAGAAAAAGUACCCUUUGGGACAAGAUAAAAGGAUAUAUUUUCUUCCUUAACGAUAAAAAAAAUAAAAUAGUAUGUGAAGAUUUAGAAAAAGAAGAAAGUGAUAUAGAAGAUAAAAAAUAUAUAAAAAAAAUAGAAAUGUUAAAGAUAAAAAUUAUAUUUGUUUUUUUUAUUUUUUUAAUAUUAUUUGUAACGAAAAUAUUUCUUGAUCAUGAUUCUAUAAUUCACAUUAACUCAACUUACUCUCAUUUGAUAGAAGAACCUUUUAUAACAAAAACUAAUUUAGAAAAAUCUUUUAACACAUUUUCAUAUUCUUCUGAGUAUUUUGACUUUUUAAAUUCAGUUGUAAUAAAUAAUAUAAUGAAAAAUAAAAAAAAUUUAGAAAAUAAGAAACUAUUUGAAAUUCAAUCAGAUUUAAAAGGGUAUAAUAUAUUUAUUUAUGAACAUUUUUAUCAUAUUUUUCCUUAUGAUUUAUAUUUAAAAUUAAGCGAUGGUAAAACAGUAUCAGAAGAAAUAACAGUAGACAACAUAUUAAUAUCAAAUUUAUCAAAUAAAAAAAAUAGAGAACUACAGGAAUAUACAAGAAAAUUUAAUAACAACAAUCAAAUGAUAAAAUACUAUGAUUCAUAUUGUAUUCUAUACAAUUUUGAAUACAAUAUGUUUCUAUUAAUAAAUAUUUCCUUUAAUAUGCAAAAUUACGGUCAAUAUAAAAAAAAAAAAGAUAUAUUUGUUCAGGAAGUAAACGAAUAUGAUUAUAAAAUAAACAAUAGGAAAUUAAUAAUUUUGAUUUUUCUUUUAAUUAUAACAAUAGCUUAUUUUAUCUUAAUAACGUUUCUCUUAUAUUAUAUACAAAAAAAAUUCUUUAUUUGGUUUUUUGGAUGUUUUUUUCUUAUUUGUGUUUUUUUCUUUAUUUUUAACUUUAUGAUGUUUAAAUCUGUUACAUAUUCUCAUGAUUAUGUUGAUCAUAUAAAAAAUAAGAAUUUUUCCAGUAUAUUUAAUUUAAGCAAUAUUCAUAAUUUUAAAUUAUUAAUAUAUGAUCUAUUAAGAAUAAAAUUAUGUAAAUUUUAUGGUAAUUUAUUUUCAUAUAUUAUUCUUAUUAUAUCUAUCUUAAAAAUUUACUUUUUUUUUUUUAUAAAUUAUUUUACUUCUUUUAUUAAAUACAAAAAUCAUUUCCUUUUAAUUACUAUGCCUAUAUUUCUUUUUGUUUUCCUUAUGUCUUUAUUAAGUUCUUACACAUUUUUUGAUUUUAGUUCAAGUUUUUUAAAAUGGGUAAUGUUAUUUUAUCAUAUUCAAACAAAUAAGAAGUUUUCUCCAUAUGAAAUAUUCAAUAAAUUUCUUUUUUUCUUUUUUGUAUUUUAUAUCACAUCUAUAUUUUUAUUUAUUUUUCUAAAAAAAAACCAAAAUAUAGUUAAAAUUAAGGAAAUACCUCAAAAUUCUUUACCUUUUGAUAAUAUGAUUAUUGACGACCAUAAUAUUUUAAUAUAUUUUAAAGCAUUAUUGUAUAGUAUUGAUAAAACUUUUGAGAAAGUAAGAAUAUUAAAAGAAAGAUUUAGAAUAAAACAAAUUAUUGAUAAUGAAGUUCAGUAUUAUAACCAAUAUUGCCAUUAUCUAAUGAUACAAAAUGCAUUUUAUGAAAAUCAACAAAAUUUAUUAAAAUUUGAUGAUCCGAAUAUGAAAACACCUAUAAGUUAUCAAAUGGAAAAUUUUCAAAAUAAUCCAUAUCAGAACAUAAUGAAUAAUCAAACUAUGAGAAAUCAAAUAAUAGAUAACCAAAUGGUUAAUAAUCAAAAUAUGAAUAUUCAAAAUAUGAAUAAUCAAAAUAUAGGUAAUCAAAAUAUGAAUAUUCAAAAUAUGAAUAAUCAAAAUAUAGGUAAUCAAAAUAUGAAUAUUCAAAAUAUGAAUAUUCAGAAUAUGAAUGAUCAAAAUAUGAAUAAUCAGAAUAUGAAUAAUGAAAAUAUGAAUAAUGAAAAUAUAUAUGAUCAAAAUAUGACUAUUCAAAAUAUGAAUAAUCAAAAUAUAUAUGAUGAAAAUAUGAAUGAUCAUAAUAUAAAUAACCAAAAUAUAUAUGAUCAAAAUAUGAAUGAUCAUAAUAUAUAUGAUCAAAAUAUGAAUAAUCAAAAUAUAUAUGAUCAAAAUAUGAAUGAUCAUAAUAUAAAUAACCAAAAUAUAUAUGAUCAAAAUAUGAAUGAUCAUAAUAUAUAUGAUCAAAAUAUGAAUAAUCAAAAUAUAUAUGAUCAAAAUAUGAAUGAUCAUAAUAUAAAUAACCAAAAUAUAGGUAAUCAAACAGUAGAUAAUAAAAUUAUUAAUAAUUGGAAUAUGAAUGAUCAUAAUAUAAGUAAUCAAAGCAUAAGUAGUCAAAUAAAUAGAGAACAAAUCAUAAAUACACAAAUGUCUACUGGCAAAUAUGGUGAUGAUACAAAAAAAGAAAAGUAUGAAUUAAAGGACCCCAACCAUAUGAACCUAACUAAAAAUAAUUUCAUUGAUAAUUCAUAUAAUAUGAGUGAACAAGAAGUAAUAGUAAAAACAGAUAUUAUGUAUUCCUUUUUUACAAGACAUUUAAAUGAAAAAUAUGAUUUCAGCUUUUUAUAUGAAAAAGAAAAAAAGAAUGUAGUUAGUUUUUUAAAAGAAGGUAUUUAUGAUCAUAAUCAUAUAGAAAAAAAAAAAAAGAAAAGAAAAAAAAAAAGAAUUCAAUUGAAAAUGAUGCUAGAAAGUUUAUGCAAUGAUUUAGAAAAUAUAAAAAAUAUAAAAAUAUCAUUAACAUAUAUUAUUCUUUUGAAAAUAAAAAAAAAUAUAUUAAAGCAAAAUUUAAAGAAGCUAAAUUCUAAUAAAAAGGAGUUGAAAACAGAAUAUCAAAAUAAAUUAUUAUAUAAAAAUCAUUUAUUUAAUAUACAAAAAAACUUAUCUAAAGAAAUUGAAUCACUAGAAAAAAGGAUUUUAAUUAUAAAUGAAUUAAAUAAAGGAAUGGUUCAUGUUAUAGAUGACAGCAUUUUUUACAAAAAACAAGAAGAUAAAGAUGAUAAAGAUGAUAAAAAUGAUGAAGAAAAUUCUGAGAAAAAAGAAAAAUCUAAAAGAGGUGUAUUUGGUAUACCAAUAUUAGAAAAACAAAAAGAAAAAUAG